CAGUAAUCGUGUAUGUUUACGAUUUUUAUUAUUUAAGUAUUUAAUAAAUAAAUUUUCCAUUUAAAAAUCUUACAAAGACAAAAUGUCCAUGCGUCCGGACGACCACCGAAGGAAAUGGGAUAAAACAGAGUUUCAAAGAAAAGCCCAGGAAAGACUAUUAAAUCAGGCCAAUGCAAAUGAGAAAAAUGACGAUGAACCCGUUCAAAGAGAGAAUCUCAAGCGCCGGGACUACAAGGUGGAUUUGGAUAGUAAGUUGGGCAAGAGUGUGGUUAUAAAUAAGAAUACUCCCAGUUCACAAUCCGGCGGUUACUAUUGCAAUGUAUGUGAUUGUGUGGUCAAGGAUUCUAUAAACUUUUUGGAUCACAUCAAUGGCAAGAAACAUCAAAGAAAUUUGGGCAUGUCCAUGAAGGUUGAGCGUAGCACAGUUGAUCAAGUAAAAGAACGUUUUCAGGCCAACAAAAAGAAAAUGGAGGAGAAACAAAAGGACUAUGAGUUGGAGAAACGCUUGCGAGAAGCCAAGGAGGAGGAGGAACGAUACAAAGAGCAUCGCAAAGAGAAACGAAAAGAUCGCAAACGUAAAGCUGAAGAUGAUCUUGAUGGCAUUGCGUUAACUGAUGAUAAUAUGGCCGCCAUCAUGGGAUUUUCUGGUUUUGGUGGCUCCAAACGAAAUACCUAAGAACUAUUUAUACAAAACAAGCUAAUAAUAGUAAAGACAUACAUAUUUUUAAUUAUUUAAAGCAAGACUCUCCUACAUACAAACAAAUAUCAAGUAUAAACUGAGCGUUUUUAAGAUGUACAAUUUGCAUCAUCGAAGUAGGUUGACAAUGAUCUGAUAUGAAACUUUGUCAAAACUUAACUUAUAAGAAAGAAAACAUGAACUAUUUUCUGUAAUAAAAGAAGGAACCAAUUGUA